AUGAGCCAGGAAAACCACAGUCCCCGAAGAUAUCGUCGUGGCUUUGAGUACAACGAUGCGGUUGUCAACUCAGCGUUGGCAGCAGCAGACCGCGAUCAGCAGGUACAACCAUCGCUGGCGGUGAGGACGGACGAAGUGGAGAAGAUGUUGUGGCAGCACUUCGAAAGCGUCGCCUGUUCCAUCGCCGAGCUCUAUCGCAGUCCUGAAUGGACCAGCUUUCAAAAAGCGGCUUCCGCUGCUACGCUCUUUUACAAAAAUAGCGUCGACGCGUUUCAGCGAGGAGUCGAUCUGGGUAUGAUGAUGGGUCGCCAUCUGCUGUACAAGGAAAUUUUCGCCUGGUUGCGCUGUUCACCGUCGUCGUUCGUUCAACUGAAAGAGUUAGAGAAUUUUCUGUUGCUGCGAGCGUUCUGCUCGAAACCGUUCGUCGUCGGCAGCGGCGGUGGCAACGGCGGCAGUACAGGGGUCAUUGGCGGUGAGGGCGACGCGAUGACUGCCGCCGUGGUCGGAGGUGCUGGCGGCGGCAGCUUGGGCAGGGUGGAGCCGACUGAGUCUCUGCACAUGUUCCACGAGGCGUUGAACACGCCGCAGGAUCUCAACAUCUUCUUUGAGGAAGCGUGCCAUAGAAACGGCAAACGUCGGUGCCCCCAGUCGAUCGAUGACGACGACGUUGUCAGCGAUGGGCGCUCGACCGACCACCAGCCGGUCAGUCGUCGUCGGUUCUCCUCCCGUCUGUCGCAGAAGUUGCCGUUGUUUUUUGUCGUCCAGCAGCACACGUUUUGA